AUGCGUGGUGCUUGCGCCGCCUCCCCCGCCGGCACGGCCGCCGCCAGCAGUAGCGCAACUCCCAAAGUGACGCCCCCAGGGGCGCCCAGAGAGAAGAGUCACGAGUCGCUGGCCGAGCAGAUCGCCGAUUUCGGGUACGACGACAUCGAGGGCGGGAACUUGUUGGGAAAGCUGCUGGGCAGUUUGCAGGAGGACCGUCUCUCAGUGCAAGAGGCGGUGAGGGCGCUGGAAGCGGAUCUCCGGAGCCAGGCGCCGCGCGCAGCGGUGUCCACCAACCUCAAGGCGGACCGCAAGUCCAUCCCCUGCCGGCGAUGCAACGUGCUGUCGCUUCAGCUGGAAGCUUUGGCGCAGUCCAUGGUGGGCAUCGCCGGCGCGGCGUUUCGCUGGUCCUUGGAGGUGGCAGGCGCUUCUGAGGGUGACCGCCGCGGCUUGUGGAAGGAUAUGCUGGCGUACCUCCAGCCUUGCGCGCACGUGGAUGUGCGGAUCGCCUCAACGUCCGACGAGCUUUUGAAGUCUUUGGCCAAGGACGAGACGCCGGACGAGCUGCUGCGCUCUUUGGCUCCCACCCGAGCGCAAGAGCGCGCGGAGGAGCUGCAGAGACUGGCAGAGCUGGCGCCGGCGGAUGCGGCCGCGGCCUCCGGCGAGAGCGGCGCGCCGGAAGCUGCGGCGAAGGAGGAGGCGGAGGAGAGCCGGCCCAGGAGCGGCAGUCUGGUCUUCAGCCAGCGCCCCAGCUGGCAGAGCCGGCGCCAGAGCCAACAGAGCCGCCAAAGCAAGCAGAGCAAGAGUCGCAGCAGUCGCAGCAGUCGGCCAAGCAGCAGCCGAGCGUCCAGCGCCAGCAGCUCAUCCGGCUCGGCAUCCAAAAGCUCGCGGCGGACGAGCAAGGUGGAAAGCGCCGCGCCUGCGGCAUCUCCGGCGCCAAAGCAGCAGCCGCGGCGCCAAAGCAGCGCCAGCAAGAAGAGCAGCCGCCGUUCGGGCAGCGGAUCUUCACACACGAGUAGGAGCUACAGCAGUGGCUCCUACAGCAGCUCCAGCUCCAAGAGUUCCGGGGCCAAGCCCAAGGCGCGAGCCUAG